AUCUUUCAUACAUAGAGGAAUUUGAGGCUGAUUUGGUGUCUUUCUUUCAGGCGAUUUCAAAGAUAGAGGUGCGCUGGAGACAUAACAUAUGCGAAAUGUUGUUCUCUCCAAAACGGCUACUAGUAGUAUAUACGGUACAAAUUAUAGCGACACACCAAUUGAGUAGUGAAAGCGAAGGGAGGCAAUGGUUUACCACAAAAUCAGCUAACAUUUAUUGUCCUGCGAGUAACAGGUCACUGGUGUGAGAUAAUAAAUUCUCUUCUUAACGCCAGCGUUCGAGCAAACAGCAUGGAAGCUGAAAUUGUGAAACGCGGUUGGAAGGAGGCUUGUCGGAAAUUUCUCCUGUUCGUGUCGCUAUGCUUCUUGUACUGCGUGAGUGCCAGCAGCGAUCUAACGAGCAGCAUUUCCUAUGCCGAGCUAUUGCUUGACCCGUGUCCAUCGGAAAGCCGGGGGCAGCAGAACGGCAGUGGAAAGGCAGUAACGGACACAGUAACUGUCACACCGUUGACCAUACUGGAGAUUGACUCCACACAAAGUACGGCUCUUACCCCUAAUUCAUCUCAAUUAGCAGUCACCGAUUCAGCAUGUGGAGGUUUCGGAUCUAGUGCAUCCAGCACAGCAUGGGUGGCGUCUAUCUACACUGCAGUGCGUGUUGGUACCUCGUUUACGACUGGUAUCACAUUCGAAGUACUCGGAGCACGGAAAUCAGCCUUCCUGGGAUUGCUGUUGUUCACCAUUGGAAGCUUUGGAAGCUUGUUCGCCAAUGAACUGUAUAUACUGUACAUCACACGUGGCUUGAUCUCCGGACUUGGUGGUGGUAUAUUGUUCACAUUGCCAGUAGGAGUCAUUGACAUUGUCUUCUUGGGUCACAAGCGUGUGCUUAUGGCACUUUCAUCUAGCAUGAGUGGACUUGGUGUGGUAUAUCUCGCACUGGCUGGUCGGUCAGCAAUCCAGUAUGGUGGCUGGCAGUGGUACUAUAGUGUGCUGGGUUUCACCAGCAUAGCUACAAUGCUCACAGUCUUCAUAUUACCUGGAAAGCUACCAUCGGAUGGAUACAAACAGGUCAGAACAAGUCAGUCAAGCUCUGCAACUGGAUCAAGUAGUUCUGAAGGAAUAGAGACGAAGGACUUGAGCGCCGUAGGAUCUUCAUCUGAAACAACCAGACCAUGUGGCACACUGCAGGGGCUUGCCAAGAAGACAAAGCUAUCGUUCAUCCGUGGCAUAUCGCUGUAUCGCAACUUUAACUUCGUCUUAUUUGUCAUCGUCUACUUCUUGCUCUCGCUGGUGUUCUUUGUCCCUAUUGUUACCGCGAGACAUCGGUCACAGUCCAUAGGUAGUGGCAAUGACGAAAGCUUCCUUCAGGUUAUACUUGUUGGAGCUGGUUGGUUCGGUGGCGGCUUUCCAGCUGGCAUGAUUGUGGAAUACUUGCCAGUGUCACCCAUUCUGAUGCAGGGUGUAGUAGUGACAGUGGCCGGCCUAUCCAGCGGCCUCAGUGCCCUAGUGAACACGGUGGACGGCUUACGCUACUUCAUCACUCUCUACAGCUUCCUGGCAAGUGCGAUUAACGCUCUCAGCCCAGCCACACUUCUAGUGAUCGUCAAAAAGGAGGAGUUGCCCCAUGCUGUCGGUCAACUGCUACUCCCUGCGACUGUUUGCGUAUUAUGUGGACCACCUGCUACAGGCUGGCUAUACGAUAUCAGUGGGAGCUAUGCACUGCCCGUAGCCGUCGGUGGUGGAAUUAUCGUCCUCUCCGGACUUUGUGAGCUGUACCUUUUCGCACGUGUGCAGAGACAGAAGCGCAAUACGUCCAAGAACACGAUCGUUUUCUCAGGACCUGCUCCAGUCGCCGCGGAGAGCAGUGCAGUGGCAGAUACUAUGAUGUAUAUCAGUGUUCUUCCUAACGAGGUUUCACUGUAAUUGCGGUGCAUGGUGUGAAUGAUAUAUUGGCCGCUUCACGUUUCUGAGUAAUACCAAGAGUGCAUAACCCCCCAGA